UUGUCGUUCUUCAUCGCCAUUAGUUCCAUGAACACGCGCGUGGUCUAUGCGUUUUGGCACGUGAAGUUAAAUUGGAGGUGUGAAUAUAUAUUAAACCUUUUACAGGAUUCAUUUAUUUUUAUACAAUUGAGGUUGUGUGACCCCAAAUGUGUCCGGACUUUAGGGCGUUGAGAAAUUAGCAUCGUGUCGGAAGAGUGAACACGUCGCCGUCUUGGCGUUUUCAGUUAGCUGUUAUUUCUCGUUCUAAUCACUCGGGGUGAAAGUGGUUGAAGUGACGUGGAUCAGGCGCCUGGUGUGGGCAAUUGCUGCCGUGCUGCGUGAUGAUGAGCACCAAUUCAUCCGGCGGCGGUGGAACUGGCAAUAGCGCUAACAGUAAGCCGAGAAUACCACAGCAGUAUUCGAUGGUGGCGCAGCCGACAAACCACCAACCCAAGACUACGCCUGCCUCUACCUACGGUAUCAUUGCUGGAACUGAUGGAUUUCAUGUUCCACACACAUCGGCAACGUUCAAUGUGCCGCCGGGCCAACAGUCGAACGCACAGCAGUCGCAGGCAGGUCUCCGGAACAUGAGUCAAGUUGCUGCCCCACAAACAUCGCAGCCGUCUGAUUUGGCGAAAAUGUCGCAACAGGGAAUUCAAACGCUCUCGUAUGGACAACAGUCUCGCCAGCAACCUGCCGCCAUCUAUACGCGCAACAAUGGCAGCCAACCCAGUCAGCGUUCACGUGCCCCAAUCAUUUCGUCGCCCAUGUUCGCGGGCCCACAUAUUCCUCAGCACGUUAUGAUGGCACAAUAUCCAGCUCUUGGACCCACCUUUAAUUCGCAGCCUCGUCAAACACAAAAUCAAAUGUACCAGCAGCACAAUCAAGUGCAGUUCAAUCAAACAGCUCAUAUACAGCCGCCUGGAUUUACGUAUCCGUUCAUGUUCUCGAAUGCAGCUUACCUGCAACAGCGACCGAGCGGAGCUGCUCCUCAGGUUCCUACCCUGGCGCCCUCUUCCUCACAGCCGGGCAUGACGAUACCAUCAGUGAUGCCUGCUGUCGCAAUACCAUCCACCGUGCCGCCCACCACGCAAACAGCUAACAAUCGGCGCACGCACAUGCUGAAAAUAAUUGAUCCUGACACCGGCAUGGAUAUCAUGGAUGAAUUCCUGAAGGGUACCUCAUCGCGUACACAGAGUCCUGCCACAACUGCACCCCCAGCGGUCGAGGUAGCUACAGCGAUGGACGAGUCAAUAGUUGAGAUGCCUGCCGCCAUGACCCCCGUGGUCAGUGCUAUCUCCGAUGGACCAGCCGUAGACAUUACGCUUAAGCAACCGCAAAACAAGAAGAAGACAAAAUCCAGUGAUGCCGGGGAAAAAGUGAAACCAGAAGGAGGGGCUACCACUGAAGCAGGAGUCGAGAGAACAAGUGAGGCUUACGUUUGUCCUGCUGAAAUACAGCUAACUGAUUCAACAACACACAUUGAGUGCAGUCCAGACAGUUCAACAGAAACAGUCACAAGCGUACCGACUGUUCUGAGUAAUGACGUGGAAAAUGCUGAUGCUAACAUUAAUAAUAACAACGUGAGUGCGGGAUUGAUCAUGUCGGACGUAGUGAAUUCAACUUGUGCAGUCGCAGAUGCAGAUUCGAGUAACAACAAUGAAGAAAAAAAUACAGUGGAUUCGAAUGAGAAUAGCGUGCCUGUAAAAUCUACUGAUGAGACUGAUGAGGCAAAACCACCAGAGACGGCCAUUGUGGAGGCUGUAAAGGUGAAGUUGGAAUCAACGGGGGAUAAAGCUGUCGUGACGCCGCUUAUACAGUAUGAUGAAGGACAGUGGAGCCCAAGCAAUCCGGAGGGGCGAAAGUACUAUACUCCUGAGCAGCUGCGCAAAUUAAGUGAGGAUCCUCGCAGCAAAGAGAAGCCAGAUGUUAAGUUUGAGCACAUCCUCAAGAAGCCACGAGGUGAGGCGACACCAUACGGCUGCAAUGUGCUGAAUGAGCGCAAAUUGACUGGACGUGGCAGUGAGAGCACACUGUUGCCUCACUUCGCUCUCAAUCAGUCAAUACAACGCAGCACCGGCGGUAAUCAAUCAUUGAGCACGUACAAGCGCGUGAGUCAACAAGGCAGCAAAGUAAGCCCGGCAGCGCAGCAAAAACCGGCGAAAAGUGGCAUGAUCCACGUAACACUGUCACUACGCGAAGAUGUUAAACUGAACGAGACAGAAAAUGCGUGGCGUCCGAGCCAUCUGAAAGUGCCCGAGAAUGUCACAGAGGAAGAACGAGUAACUGAAGAGUUAUACAAAAGAUUUCGCUGCGUUCUUAAUAAAUUGACACCAGAAAAGUUUAACGUAUUGGUUGGACAAGUAAAAGUACUCAAGAUUGAUACAGAGGAGAGACUUAAUGGGUGCAUUGAGUUGGUGUUCGAAAAGGCUGUGAGUGAGCCCAACUUCUCAGUUGCUUAUGCUCAGUUGUGCAAGCAAAUUGGUACAAUAAGCGUAACGGCGCCGCAACAAGGAACUGAAAAUACGGACGAGGGUCAAAAGACAACACAUGAGCAUUAUAUGUUUCGCAAGAUGCUCCUAAAUAGAUGUCAAGCUGAAUUCCACACCAUCAAUUCGCAGACUGAUGCUCAGGAGAAGCGAGUAAAACGACUGGAUGAGUUCAAGAAUGAUGCAGAGAAGCAUGAAGAGUAUAAGUUGUUACUAGAAGAGGAGGAACGUAAGAUCAGAUGGCGUGCUCUUGGCACGGUUCGUUUUAUUGGCGAACUUUUCAAGAGUGAAAUGCUUACAUCAAGCAUCAUGAGCAACUGCAUCUCUAUUCUUAUGAAUAAUCGGCAUGAGGACAGUCUUGAGUGUCUGUGCAAACUUCUGACAACCAUUGGACAGCGACUGGAGCAGAAUAUUCUUGUGGAUUACUUCGUUAAGUUGCAGGAAAUUGUGGAUAACAAGAAACAGCACAAGAUCAGCAGUCGCGUGCGGUUUAUGAUACAGGACUUAAUUGAUCUGAAGAAGAACAAGUGGGUGCCAAGAAGGCCAGAUCUCAAACCGAAGACGAUUGUGCAAAUACAAAAGGAGGCAGAGGCGGAAUACAACAAUCAAGCAGCAGCAGGCUAUCAGCUGAAUCAGCGGGAUCGCCAUCGUGGAGGUUACAGUAAGUCUAGCAGUUCCGGAAACUCAGGUGGAGGUGGUAAAAUGAACGAGGAUGGCUGGACACUGCAAAAUGCUAAAAGUGGACGUAGUACGGCUGUUGACACGAAAAAACUCAAUGUUAAGGCCACAAACAUUGAUCAACACACGCCACUUGGCACUGCCCAAAUGUAUAAAUGGCAACCACAGUCAUCAAACAUGUAUCAGGCUCUCAGUGAUAUUGAUACACCACGAUCAGAUGUUGGCAGUGGCGGAAGCAAGAAAGGCGGAGGAAGUGGCUUUGGAGCCUUUGGAAAGGGUUCCACAGAGCGUGCUAGAUAUGAAGGUCGCGGAUCACAUAAGUCAUCGCGUGAAAACUCGACCACUCGAGGAGCUUCGCGUAGCUUGCAAGCUCCUGUUCGUUCUCAACCAACCGUCGCACGAUUGCCUUAUGCGAGCAUGGCAAGUACAUCUCAGGGUGGAGCUGCCAAAGUAGCUGUAGCGCCACCCACUAAGGAAGUGCCCGAAAAACCGAGUAAAGCAGAAGCACUCACGGAGGACGAGUUGAAUGAGAUUGCGCAGAAAAUAAGGCGCCGUUGGACUGAAAUGGUAAUGGAAGUAGUGGAAGGCUACACUACAGUAGAGCAGUGCACCGAUGAUAUUAUGAAGAUAUCUGAGGAUCAUCGCUACCUCGGUAUUCGUGAGCUUUAUGACUUUGUGCUGGAACACAAGAAGCAACAUCGCACUGCUACAGCAGAUAUUCUGGUGCACGCUGUACGAGUGUCUCAAGUGAUCUCGCUUGACACAUAUAUGCAGGGACUGCGAUUGCACAUGGAUGGCAUUGAGGAGAUCGCCAUCGACGUGCCAAUGAUCUGGGAAUUUAUUCCCGAGUAUUUGGGUCCAAUGAUCCUUGCCAAAGUAAUUACACUUAAAAGCUUGGCAACUUUAUCUGAGAACUUGAUCAACGCUAAUUUGGGUGGUCAACUGCUGCUGCAUCUUCUUCGCUACUUCAUUAGCAAGCGUGGAGCUGCCUACGUACUGGAUAUCUGGGAAAAGAGUCAAGUGAAAUGGACUGAUUUUAUGCCACCUUCCAAAGUAGAUGAAUUUAUAGCCAUAAACAACUUCAAUUUCUUGAUCAACAAGGACUACACCACUUAUCAAUCCACGAGCUCUACUUGCGUUCCAACUGAUCGGGUUUACGAGCGUCUCAAGGAAUUGAUCGUGUCAAAUGCGUCAUAUGACAGCAUUGAGGAAUGGAUAACAGCUAAUGUUGGAGCAAUUGACAAGAAUUUCAUCAGGAUUCUGACAACAGUGGUGAUUGAAUCCUGCUUAUAUCCUAAUUACAAAGUUAACGGGCCCUUGCUUGAGACGCAGUGUCGUCUUCUCACCCGAUACAUUGAAAAUAAGGAAGAGUUCGAGAUGCAAUGUCUUUUCGCUAUUCAGAAGCUCAUCUUCAAGCUUGAACAUCCCUAUGGUCUCAUGAAUCAUAUUUUUGUUACAUUAUAUGAAAUGGAGGUUUUGUCAUCGGAUUCAUUUAAGAACUGGCUGAGCUCUAACGAGGAACAAGAAGGAAAGGGAGUUGCAGUAAAGUCUCUCAACUCUUUUUUCACUCAUAUCUUUGCACAAUACGACUAUUCCGAUGACAAUGAUUGAAGAUAAUGCGAACUAGCUUUCCGUUAAGUUUCUAAAUUUACUUCAUUAGAGCUUAAGUAACAGAUAUGAAAUCAUAUUUUCUGCUAAAAAGUGCAUGACUUAUGUCAAGGAGCGAGAUAGGAUCAUGCCAUUAUAUACACACAUCUAAAUAUACUAGUUUAUCCAUACCCAACAUUAUGUACAUAUUUUACCUUGAGUGAAAUUGUAACAUUUUUCAUUCAAAAUAUUGAAUUAAGAUACUUAUGUAGAUAUAAUAGUGGGUGAUGAAGAAAUGAUAUGCUGUAUGAUAGGAGGGGCCUGAAUACAUUCUUGCGACGCUCAGCCUACGCAGAUCGAUCUGUCUUAUUCUUACUCUAACAGUUGAAUUUAAAAAAAAAAACGAAAAUGAAAUAAAAUUGUAAAAUGAAAUAAAAUUGUAAAGUGAAAUAGAAUUGAAAAUGAAAUAAAAUUGUAAAAUGAAAUAAAAUUGUAAAGUGAAAUAAAAUUGUAAAUUGAAAUAGAAAAGGGAAAAUUAAGUUCAAAAGUGAACAGUAAUCGAAAACUGACAUAAUCUCUUUCCUUAAAUUUAAAAAUGACAUGCGCUGGAAGAAUAUAAAAAACAACUGAUAGCACUCUGUAUUCUGAUGCUCAAAAAUUAGAGCUGUUCUAAAUAGAGCCCUGCGCGAAUCAGCGUCACCACAUUUCGCGGCGCCAUUUCCACACUUCCUGUAUAUUUUUUCCCGUAAAUCUUAAACGGAGCGGGAGGCCGCAGGCCGAGCCGCCCUGUGAAACCAUUUCAAGUAUCCUUGUUUGCUUAAAUCUUAAACGGGGCGCGAGGAGGAACACUGAGAAAAAUUUGGAUUAGCAUUAUUAAUAAAUUGAAUUGGCGUACGGCUGAAUACUGGAAAUAGUCAAGGUUCAAAGAUAAAACAUAUUAAUAUGCUAAGGUAAAGCUGAGCUUAGAAUAUUAGAAGAUAAAUAAUGAAGUAAAUGGAUAAAACUGUUCAGCAUCAAAA